AUUUAUUCAGAGACUCACAAUUAUUAACACUCACUGAGUUUAAGGUAAGUUGUGGACUAAUUGAGAUCGAGAAGUUGAGAAAGACUUUUUCCUGAACAGUGUACGUCAAGCAUGAAUGUCAAUUGAGGACAGCAUUUGUGUCCUUCAGAGAUGAUGUUCAUUUAUACGACUCUACUGAUUAUCCGUGGAUUUACAGAUUCAAGAUCAGAACAGUAUAUUGUAGUUGGACCCACUGAUCCUGUUCUUGUUGUAGCUGGUGAAGUUGUGAUUCUGCCCUGUAUCAUCAAACCCGACACCAGUGCUGAGGACAUGAGAGUGGAGUGGUUUAGACUUGAUUUACAAGACUCAGUAGUGCAUCUCUAUGAGGAUCAUAAAGACACAAACACAGAUCAGAGUCAGUCCUACAGAGGGAGAACACAACUGUUCAAUCAAGAACUACAGAAAGGAAACGCAUCACUCAAACUCUCAACAGUUCAAGUCUCUGAUGAAGGACUUUACAAGUGUUUCGUUCAAUCCAAAUCCUGGUAUGAUGACAUCACUCUUAAUGUCACAGUUGAAGCUGUAGGAACUCAACCACUGAUCACAAUAGAUGGGUUUGAUCAUUCUGGAGGGGUUCAUCUACAGUGUGAAUCCAAAGGCUGGAACCCUGAACCUGAACUAGUGUGGUUGGACCAUGAAGGAGUCGCUUUGAAAUCUGAAGCUACAGACACACAGAGAGACACAGACAGAUUCAGCGUUAAACACACCAUCACUGUAUAUAAUAGUGACAGCAAAUACCACUGCAGAGUCCAAAUAAGACAUCAUAUGCUGGAGACAGAGAUUAUUACCUCAAAACAGUAUAUUGUAGUUGGACCCACUGAUCCUGUCCUUGCUGUAGCUGAUGAAGAUGUGAUUCUGCCCUGUACCAUCAAACCCGACACCAGUGCUGAGGACAUGAGAGUGGAGUGGUUUAGACUCGAUUUACAAGACUCAGUAGUGCAUCUCUAUGAGGAUCAUAAAGACAGAAAUACAUAUCAGAGUCAGUCCUACAGAGGGAGAACACAACUGUUCAAACAAGAACUACAGAAAGGAAACGCAUCACUCAAACUCUCAACCGUCCAACUCUCUGAUGAAGGACUUUACAAGUGUUUAAUUAAGUCCAAAUCCUGGUAUGAUGACAUCACUCUUAAUGUCACAGUUGAAGCUGUAGGAACUCAACCACUGAUCACAAUAGAUGGGUUUGAUCAUUCUGGAGGGGUUCAUCUACAGUGUGAAUCCAAAGGCUGGUACCCUGAACCUGAACUUGUGUGGUUGGACCAUGAAGGAGUCACUUUGAAAUCUGAAGCUACAGACACACAGAGAGACACAGAUGGAUUCAGCGUUAAACACACCAUCACUGUAUAUAAUAGUGACAGCAAAUACCACUGCAGAGUCCAAAUGAGACAUCAUAUGCUGGAGACAGAAAUUAUUACCUCAAGUAAAACGUUUAAUUCAUGGAGGAUGUCAGUCAUCUGGACUUCAGUUGCAGUUGUGUUCAGUGUGAUCGUUGUAAUACUGAUUGCAGCUUUUAUUCAUAAACACAGAGAUUUAAACAAGAAGGGGAGAAUUCAAGAAGAUUUAAACAACGAGAACAGGAGAAUUCAAGAAGAUUUAAACAAGAAGAGGAGAAUUCAAGAAGAUUUAAACAAGAAGAGGAGAAUUCAAGAAGAACUCAAUCAACAUUUACAGAAACAGAAGAUCAUUAUCCCAUAUGUGAUCACACUUUUCAGAAAACAUGCAGUGAAUGUGACUCUGGAUCCUGAUUCAGCUCAUCCACGUCUCACUGUGUCUGAUGAUGGGAAACAAGUGAGAGGUGGAAAGACACGAUCAACAAAAGUGAACAAUAGAGAAAAUGAGCAAAGUGACACAUUUGAUGAAUAUCUUGCCAUCCUUGGAAAGGAAGGAUUCUCCUCAGGAUGUUUUUACUUUGAGGUGCAGGUGACGGGGCAAACCAGAUGGGAUUUAGGAGUCACCAGAGAAUCCACUAACAGGAAGGGGAUAUUUGAUCUGAAACCUGAGACUGGAUACUGGACUGUGCAGCUGAGAUAUAGAAAAUAUUGGGCUUGUGAUUCUGAAUCUGUCUCUCUUUCCCCGAGUGUGAAGCCAUGGAGGGUGGGUGUGUUUGUGGAUUAUGAGGAGGGUCUGGUCUCCUUUUAUGAUGUGGAGGACAAGUCUCAUAUCUACUCUUUCACUGGUCAGUCUUUCACUGAGAAACUGUAUCCAUUUGUUUGUUUAGGUUAUGAUUGGAAUAAAAACCCUGAACCACUGAUCAUCUGUAAUGAUUUCUAAUGAGAUGAAUUUACAGAUGAGUGUAUUUACAACAGCAAAGAUGACAAAAAAAUGAUACAUUUUCAGAAAAAAAUACACUGUUUAAAGUGCAAAGCUGUCAUUGGAGUGGUACCCUUAUUUUGGUAUCAUAUGUGUUUGAACAAAAACAAAAAGGUACACUUUUUCCCCCAAAGUGGAACAAAAAUAUAAUUGUACAUUUAAAGGCACACAAAAGAUCUUUAGGGUAUAAUUAUGUACCCAAAAUGAGUAAUACAUUUUAUCAAUCAUGAUAUUGAUUGGACACAACUUGUAGAUUUGUAUGAAUAACAAAUCUUUAAAAUGCAAAACAAAUGAAUACAUUAAAUAAAUGAGUACAUAAAAUAAAAAUAGUAUAAAUGUUGAAUGGGUAUAAUUAAAUAUCUUGUAUUAACCGAAAUUAAGAUUAAGACUGAACUAAUGCUAAUUUCUGAAAUCUUAUCCCGCUGUACUGUAUUGUCAAACAAGACGAAGUCAGAAAAAGGAAACUGAGUGGAGAGGUCAUGAGGUCUGAGCGUGAAGCAGAAAGCCCAAGAGAGAGUUGAGCAGAUAUUAUAUUCUAAUUUACAGGAAUCAAUAUCCAGCCCAAAACAUGCAUAGCAUAUUCCCUUAAAAAGAUCUGAUGUUUGUCUGGAUUCCACUGAUGUUAGUAAUUGUCUCUUAUCACUAAAUAAUGAUUAAAAAUGUCAAUUGUUUUUCUUCAAGGUUACUUAAAGGUGCCAGUAAUAGACCUUACACAUAUGAAGUACUGUUAUGACUCUGUGGUAUUUUGUGUGUGUAACGUUGUUGGAGUUUUCUAUCUGUGUUUGUGUGUAGUGUGCUACUUCCUGAUUGCUGUUAUUCAAGUACAGAAAAUUAUCUGCACAGUUGUGUAGAAUUAGCUGCAAAAAUAAAGGGCAUUUUGUUGUGGCUUGCUUCUGUUUCACAAAUUUGUUCAGUUUCUUUGACUAGUUUAGUGAACACUAGGUGGCGACAAAUGAGCGUCUUAUGUGCAAUGAGUGAGUCAUUGAAUCAUUUUGAUGUUCAAGAGACUUUAUAGUAUUUAAGCAUUAUAAGAACAAAGCAGAUCUAUAAUUUCCGUUCAGUUUUGUGAACAGCCGAGAAUAACAAUUCUAAUAGUCUAAUAAUAAUACUGAGUAUCAAAAAUG